CUCAGAGCCGUCGCUUGGCCCUGGAGGAGGCUCACUUUCUCUGGUGUCAACAGUGAGUUGGUUUCUCUCAUUCUCAAAUUGGCUGCAUUUUGUUUUAAGCUCCUCGUUCUCCUUCUUCAUUCUAGAUAUUUCUGCCUUCAGAUCGUCGACCAUAGUUUCGAAAAGUUUCGUGGUCUCUGCGAUUGCACCCUUCAGCAUCCCCUCCAUGACGGAGGAGUACUUAGUCUGAAAAUCGUCCGUAGACAUUUUGGUAUGGUUUAGCUACCGUUCGUCCGAGUUUCGAUAGAAGUCCACUUUUGUCUGUGAAUUAACCGCAACGUUAUUAAAAGCGAGAUAUUAGGAGCUGGCUCAACAUGGCUGCUUCCUUUCCGUCUGUCCUUUGUGUGACGCACAUCGAGGACGUAACGUUCUUGCUGCUUUCCCGCGGACCGGAAGGAGGGAGUUGAGCAAAUUUCCGGUGAUGCACUUAAAUACCUAACCUCUUUCACUAGACUGUGUGUUUUGUGCAUAACUUAGAAAAUGGCAAGAACCUGGUACAUGUGUGAGUAACCAAUUACCAUCAACGCUCUAUGUAGCUAAUAGCCUUGAUCAUAACAGACACCCGUGCAGCUGAAACGAUUAAGAUUGUCGCAAAUCACGACCCGUAUUAUUAAAUCUUCGAAAUGCGGUUGUUUACGGAGUGAAAAGUAAAUGCGAAAGCUCAACGGAAUUUGUAACGUUGACGAUAUAUUACAGCUAAGGAAAUUAAUUACGUUUGCUUACAAACUAUAAACUAAAUGCAUGUUGAAUAUAGUUGUUUUAUGUUUCCGUAGUCGAAAUCUGCAACGUUAACUCUUAAUCACAACUAAUGCAGCAAGCUAACGCUAGUUAGCUAACGUUGAGAUUACAAGCGACUCUAGUUUUGGCGUGAUGAAGUAACCAAACGGUAAAUGUGGACCAACCAGAUAGGUUAACCUUAACGUUACGUAGACUGAAAACCGAGUAACUGGUACAUCUAGUCUAAAGAGACCCACGUUAGCUGUGCCCGACAGCUGCUACUCUGCUACAGUCCUUGACUGUCCAAAGUUGCCUGUUCCUGAGUUUACUCCCAAAUAAAAGGACAGCUAUUACACAUCUUUGGCAUAAUGGCCGAAACUAUAUUAACGUUUCAGUCCCAACUUUCUGGUGUCAUGGAAACGGUAUUUAAAGCUGCCAUGUAUGAGAUCACCCGGCUUGUGGAGGACAGUUUUUUGGACGAGGUAACGCGGUGCAGAGAGCAGGUGGAGUCCCUGAGGAGGCGACUCAAGUUGUCGGAGGUUCGACGGAGAGAAAGAGAGGGAGACCGGAGGGGGAGAUGUCUUGACUGCGGAAGAGUCGGGACGUCCGGUGAGAUGGAUCCCAGAGCGACAGAGAAAAGUCUUAAACAGGAGAGUGUGUUGCAAGAAGAGAUAAAUAGCUUGCAAGGCAGUGAUGGAGAGACACACCAUGACGCGGAAGAGGCAACCCCAGAGGCCCCCCGAGCCAUCAAGGCACCACAGGGUGAAAAGCUGGAUGGACUGCUCAAGGAGGAAGCCCUUCGGAUCACGCCAGAAAUGAAUGAGUCCCAAGAGGGAUGGGGAGUCAAUUUGGAUGAAACAGAGGCAUCAGGUCUGCCGGGGCCCAGUAAACGUUUUGGCGACCACAAGAUCCCAAAGUGCCAUGUGAACUGGGAAGCUGGCUAUAAUCAGAGGCCAGAAUCAGGCCAAGAUGGACACUCAGUUGACCCAUCUGAACCACUGUUCCAGAGAAGGUAUGGUAUGGAAGAUUUGGGUGGCUUUGACAAGACUGGCUACGGAGACUCCAAUAUGAUAGACAUGGGUAACUUGGAUGGGUUACAAGGAUCACCGUCCCACCUGGGCGAGGAUCUGAGUUACAUGGGGCAUUAUGAGAGGGACGUGGGAGCACCAGAAGGAGUCGAGCAUCACGUUUACCAAGCGGGUGCCGCACGGACUAGAAGGGGCGCGGACGGUUCACCUGCAGGCUCUCCCUCGAGGACUAACAUUGAUGUAAGCGGAGAGCUCAGCUGUUUAUUGAUCAAUGAAGAAGGGUAUCUACAGGACCCGAGUAUCUUGUACCCCGAACAUGUGUCUGGUGAUCCAGGCGGCAGGUUGAACUUCAGGGGUCAGGGCAUUCACAUUGACCCGACUUUAGACAGCACCGAGGAUAUGUAUGGGCCCUCGGGCGCAUACAGUGAUACCUUACACCCAGGAGAGAGGCUGCAGCAUCAGGUAGGAGGGAGAGGAGGGAGGAGACACACCUGUAACCAGUGCUCCGCGUCCUUUCCGGAUUCGGCCUCACUAAAGGCCCACAGGCAGACGCACAAAGGCGUCGGACAAGUGCCCUCGUACUCCUGCACGCAGUGCGGAAAGACCUUCACCCAAGCCUGCAACCUCAAAGUCCACCAGAGGAUUCACUCGGGGCAGGGGCUCCACCUCUGCAGCCAUUGCGGUAAAGGUUUCCCUUCUUUCUCUGACCUAAAGACACACAAGUGUGGCCAAACGGUUGACAAACCUUACAGCUGCACUGUAUGCGGGAACAAGUUCAGCCGCCUCUGGAAUCUGAAGUUGCACCGGAGAAUUCACACACAGGAAAAACCUCACCGGUGCACUAUGUGUGAUAAGAGCUUCACACGGGCGGACAUAUUGAAGGUGCACCAGCGUACCCACACGGGGGAGCGGCCAUACUGCUGCACUGUCUGUGGUCUCAGCUUCAAACGCCUGGAUCAUCUGAAAUCACAUCAACGGAAACACAUGACAAAUCUAUAAAACUAGGGACGUUUGGGGGGAGAGAGAGCAUCAUAAAGUGUAAGAUUGUUGAUUGUAUGAGAGAGUUUUUAUUUAUGAGCCAUGGAUGCUUUUUUUUUUUUUUUUUGGCUUUUAUUUAAAAACCUUUCCUUGGUAUGGAAAACAUAGAACAAAGAUAAAAUAUAUGUUUCUUAUGUUUGUUAAAUACGUCUUAUUUGUACCCAUUUAUUGCUGCAUCUUUGGUUACUGCAAAAAUGAUUGUAAAAGAAAAAAGGCUAAGUAACAUUAUUUUUGCGAUAGUCUGAAUCAAGGAUAAUUGCAGGAUAUGAGAAAAAUAGAAGAGAAGGCCCUGCAGGAUAUUCCUUGCCUUCCGCUCUGUGUUUUACCGUUCUCAAGCUCCAUUCCCUUUGGGAAACAACAACAAACUUCAAGCUAGUGUGCUACACGCUGAAAAGUUUUUCUGUGGAAAAUAUGGAUCAUGCAACAAGGCAGGCCUUCAUGGUUCUUUCGGGGAAUUAUUGUAAAGAUUAACAAGGAAUAUGUUUACA